UAAUGGAUCAUGCGACUGAAAUUUUCAAGACAUUAUAUUCCAGAAAAAUCUUACCUAUACCUGAAGAAGAUUCAUCAUCCACACCAGCUAUGAGUCAUGUGACUGAAAACUGUGAAGAUUUUCUUCACGAUCAAA